AUGACUGACCGGACCGGUCUAGUAUUUCCAGACCGGUUACAACUCUGCUUUGAAAAACCCGUGCAACGUAUUCAACUUCAGUCAACGGUCGAGCUGGGCUAUUUGGAUUCAUCGAGAGUUAUUAAUGAUAGUCAACCAAAUAACCACAGAGGGCGUAAACCAGAUCCACAAGAAUACUACAGGAAAAGUUUUACAACGACCACCACUAAUGUUGAUCAAGAAUAUUUAUGUACUAUUUGUCACAAUAUUCUUUGGAAACCCGUAUCUUGUUCAUCCUGUGAAAAUUCAUUUUGUUCUUCUUGUAUUCAAACAUGGUUAACUAAACAACAAAAUCCAGUGAAAUUAUGCCCGUUCAAAUGCGAAUAUAAACAAAAGCGUGUGCCACCAAUAUUAAAUACAUUUCUGUCAAAAUUAAUAUUUUCAUGUGCUUUCGCUCAAAAUGGUUGUCAAGAACAAUUAAACUAUGAUUCGAUUGAAAACCAUGAACAACAAUGUGUAUAUGAACAGCAACAGUGCCCGCUGUGUCAACAAUUCUAUUCAAAUCGUUACAGUAAAAUUCAACCACCGCAUGAUCUGAAACAAUGUUUUGCUCAAAUACCCCAUGAUGGUAGUAUCGCGCAAACAAUGUGUGUGAAAUUGUUAGAGGUUAUACAAGAACAAGAUAAACGAAUUAAGAUAUUAGAAGAUAAAAUAACAAUGAUGUGA